AAAGAGGGAGAGGGGCGUGAUGAAAUUUAUGAAUGGAGAGCAGCAUCACAUCAUAACAUUCAUCCUUCAACUAAACCAAACAAUGAACAACACUCGCAAACAUCCCAUUUCUUCCGGCCACGUCCCUUCCGCCACUUCUCCCGUCAAUUUCCGCCGCUCCACCCCCAAAAUUCAUCUCUCCGCCAGGAAGCUCGCGGCGCGUUUAUGGCACUUCCGCUUCUUCCACCGUUCCUCUUCUCACAAGCUUCAAUCCUCUCCACCACCACGUGUCAAGCGCACAGAGGAAGAGGCCACACAAGGUGAUAGCAGGAAGCUUCUCAGAGACGCUAAAUUAAACGGUGCCUCUGUUGUCUCUGUUCUUCUCUCGGAGCUCCUUCGGGCUCAAACCUGCAUUAACAACCUCAAAUCAGAACGCAAAUCCUCUAAGAAAAAGCUGGAGGAGGAAAAGUUCCUCUGGAAGCGUCGGGAACUGAAGAAGAACGAAGCAGUGUUGGAGGAGUUGAAGGAUAAGUUAGCCAGGGAAAGGAGAAGUAAAGAGAGGAUGGAAUCACUUAACUCCAAAUUGGUACAUGAGCUGGCCGAAGCAAAACUAUAUGCCGAGCAAUUUAUGAUUAACUACAAGGAGGAAAGGAGAAAAAGAGAAAUAAUAGAGGAAGUGUGCAACGGAUUGGCGAUGCAAAUAGGAGAAGACAGAGCUAAGCUGGAGGGGAUUCGUGAGGAGAUGGAGGAAGAGAGGAAGAUGUUUCAUGUGGCAGAGAUGUGGAGAGAGGAGAGCAUUCAAAUGAAGCUACUCGAUGCCAAACUUGCCCUGGAAGAUAAGUAUACCCAGAUGAUCCACUUGAUUGCGCAUCUGCAAAGUUUCUUGAGGUCAAGAGGUGAUGAACUGGGUGCACCCGAAUCACCCAAUGUUGAACUUUCAUGUGAUUUCACAAAGUCAAAUCUUGUUCUCGACACUUUGAAUGAGAUCAAAGUUAAAGAGAGGGUGAUUGGAGUUGAGCCCUGCUUCCUUUCCACUCUUACCGCUCCCUCUUCCACCGUCCACAUUGUAAGUCUUGAUGAAGAUCAUCGCCUCAACAAUAAUCUUCACGAUGUUGACCAAAACGUGAAUGGAUUAGGGAGUGAAGCAGAAUGUUGUGAAAAUUCACAGGAUGGUUGUUGCAAACACUCUGACUCUUCUAUGGCGCAACAAAACUCCGAAGAUCUUACUUUUGGUGAGUGUGAAGUCAGACUUGCAACACGUUCUGUUAAGAGCCGUGGGUUCAGACAAUGGGAAUUAUUGGGACCACGAAAUUUUGCAGACUCGAUGAAUCCACACAUCACUCGUGGGAUGAAAGGGUGCAUAGAAUGGCCACGAGGCAUGCCCAAAAUCAAUUCCAAGAUAAUUCCUGUGGAAGAAAGAGUGCGAAAAGAGAAAUCUCAGUUGCACUUAAGACCUUGUUUGAAAGAGAAUAAGUAUACAAACAGAUUUGAGUAAAACUCCAUUAAUUUAAUUUUGUCUAAGGUGGUUUGUGGAACAAAUUUGCAGAAGAAACACCACCUCAUCACAGAUUUUAGCUUAUAUUAGUAGAGAAUACCGUUGUUUUAUUAAUGAAUUAUGAGUGUGCUGAUUCUGUUGUAGAGAGCAAACCAUAUUGAUAGAAAGAAGUAUUACUAUUCCUUGAAAUCAUGUUAUGCAGACUUUGUAGUGAUCUGAGAAUUUGUUGAA